GCCGAAACUCGGUUUGGAUUCGCACGAAUCUUUCAAGACACCAUGCUCCGGAAUGUGCUGGUCAUGGCAACGAGCGGUCUUGUGCUGUUCUCCAAGGAGUUCGUCAAUGCAAUCGCUCAGCCGCGUCUUAUAGGUUCCUUGCUCACGGCAAUCUUGGAGUUUUCGGCGAAGACGACCGGCGCCCCCGUGUCUUACAUGGAGUUUGCCCAUGGUAAAACGUUCGGCGAGGGCGGUCGGGAUGGUAAUGGGUGAACGUUAUAAUGUAGUGGCCGUGACUGUCGUCACGAACGACCAUGCCAAAGUUUUCUGUGCGAUAUUCCUCGACGUGUCGGACGGCCCCAAGUUUGGCGCGUUUAUCGCCAAGGAGAUUCUGUCCGCAUUUGUCGACGAGUACGCGGGCGACCUUGGCAACAUUGGCCACAACCUGCGUGACUUUCACGGGUUCCACUACAAGAUCAGCGAAGUCAUCCGGGACUCCGUCAAGCCCAUCUUGGCCAUUUUACAGCAACAACGUGGAAUCCAAAAGGCGAUCCUGGUGACGGACGACACCGUCACGUACGCCACAGUUGACGUCGACCAUCUUGGAGUCCUGGUCAACUUGCAGUCGCUUCGCACGCUCGCCGCCGACAUGAUGGCGUUUGUUGGCGACAACGCCAAGUCUGUCACGAUGCAAGGCGGCCGGAACUGCACGAUUCAAGUGAUCGCGAUCGAAAACGCGACGCUCGUCGUCGCGCACAAACGAUCGGGGCCUCACGUCGCUGUGUGUGCCGCCGCCAUCCAAGACGCCAUAUUUAUGCUGCAUCGAGUGUACCUCUUGAUCAACAACUUGCACCCCCACGCAGCAACUCCUGUCCAUUAAUCGAUCGUGUUGUCCAUGGUGGCUUUGGGUUGCUUGGCCAUCGUCGUUUGGCUU